GUUGGCUAGGCUUUCCCAUGAAUAGCAGCCUCAAAAAAUCAUUUCACUCAAGGAUAACACCAUAGAACAGUAAAGGUCGAAAAAUAUAUGUGGUGUACUUUCGUGCUUCAAAGUAGUAUUUUUGACUCAAUUAACCUCAUUAAACAUAGCGAUCAACGCAACAAAGAGGCAGGUAUGCUAUGCCUUGAAGCCCAUGUGGAAGAUUAAUAAUAAAUACAGCGCCUAAUUGGAUUCACAAGCAACACCAUAAGACAGAAAAAAUGGCAGAAGCCAUAGUUGUUAAAAAUGAGAAGAAGAAGCUGGAAGGAAAAGUGGUUAUCAUCACCGGAGGAGCCAGCGGUAUUGGAGAGGCAACCGCAAGGCUAUUCGCCAAUCAUAACCCAAGUAUGAUUGUCAUUGCAGACAUCCAAGACCAAAAAGGACACGCGGUAGCAACGUCCAUUGGUUCACAAAUUUGUUCCUACAUCCACUGCGAUGUCUCCGAUGAACUACAAGUCAAAUCGAUGGUGGAUUCCACAGUGAAGAGCUACGGCGGACUCGAUAUUAUGUUUAGCAACGCUGGUAUUGCUAACGGAUGUCACCAAACAAUCCUUGAUAUAGAUUUGGCUGAUUAUGAUCGUCUCAUGGAUAUCAACACCAGUGGGAUGCUUGCUUGCGUGAAACAUGCUGCCAAGGCCAUGGUUGACGGCGGGGUGAAAGGUAGUAUAGUUUGUACGGCAAGCACUGCAGCAACCUCGGCGCUUGAUGGAUACUUGGAUUACACUAUUUCUAAGCAUGCAGUUUUGGGGUUGAUGAGAUCAGCUAGUCAACAACUCGGCAAAUACGGUACUAGAGUGAAUUCUGUAUCUCCAUCAGCUGUAGGAACUGCGAUGCCAUGCAAGACCUAUGGUACUGAUGCAGAGGGCAUUGAGAAGAUGUUCAUGAGUUCCACUGUCCUAGGAGGUGCCGGAUUAGUUUUAAAAGUGAAUCAUGUGGCUGAAGCUGUGUUGUUCUUGGCUUCUGACGAUUCUGCCUUCAUUACUGGCCAUAAUUUGAUGGUUGAUGGUGGCUCUCUUCAUGGAUAAUCUGUUAAUCUAUCUAUCUGUAACUUGUGCCGUGGAUUUCUGUAUUACCUAAUUCUAUUCUCUAUCUUAUCUUAUCUUUUCAAUACAUGGCUCUGAAUAAUAUGUAGAUAUUUGUGGUUAAGUUUU